AAAUGAUAUGUUGCAGUGGAUCAAAGAGGACAUGAACGCGCUUUUAAAACUGUGUCUUAACUCCAAGCACGACACUGCCCUUCGUGAUCUACUGUAUGAUACAUUGCUAACUAUUGCGGAGAGUGAUUUACUUCACGUCAAAAUUGGAUACGAUUCACCAGAGCAGUUGAUGUUUAAUUAUCAAAUGAUUAUGCCAUUUGUGUUGAACUCUCAGCUUCCGAUUCCUGAUUCGAAAAGUGAAGAAAUAACAAACUGCUUAUUUGAUCUGAAAGGAUACUCCGUUAAAAACGCAUAUUGGGACAUGCUUCAGAAAACUAUCCAAUACAUUUCCCAUCAAGACAAAAACAGUACCAAUAACAGCAUUCAGUUUCGCACGAUACGAACUCGCAUUUACAUACUGUUGGGAAAUCAUCUUGUUGAUCAAAUGAGUGACGAUUCGGAAGGAUUUUUAGCUCAUCAAACCACAGUGAUGUCCUUUUUACUGUACCCAUUGGAAUAUGACCAGCUACUUUUAGUUGAGAACGUGAAGGAACUCUGGACUAAGCUGUAUGAUGAAGUGGUAAAGCAUGACUCAACAUGUUGUGAAUUAAAAAAUACAUUCUGCGAAAUGAUAAAAGCCAUGACGGUCGCAAAGCAUGGUUACAAUCUCGCAGUUCUGGCAGAUUUCUUCUGUUACAUAAUACAGUCACUGCCAGCGCACUUUGAAUCUACAAGUCCACCCGUAAAAGUGUUGGAGCUUUUUAAAGAUGUUUCUAGAAAAGGGCUCGCCUACAAAUCGAAUCUGGAUCGCGUGGAGGUAAUGGUACGUUGCUUCCGGGAACUUUUGGAGAAAUUUGACGCCAGAGACAUAUUGAUCUUGGUUUUACCGAUAAGGAAUGCAAUUAACGAGCUGGUUUCGAAUGAAAAUGGGUUGGCUAUGAACGAAGUGAAAAAAACACUUAAAGUUGUAACCAACAAAAUGCUUUUGAAGGAAAUGGCUACCGAUUUGAUCUCUCAGUCCAAUGAUGUGAAAUGGAAUUAUAAAAUGUUACUCAAGACCUUAUUAGAUUUACCAGAGGAUUUAAAAAAGGGUUGGAAAACUGCGGAAAUGAAAAAGCGUAUGAUGGCCUGUGAAGGUAACAUUAGCAACACCAAAACUCCAACACGUAAAACACCUGACGAUGAAUUCGUGGUGAUAGAAAAGGUAUGGAAGUUCCAACCGGAAAUGCUAACCGAACAUCAACGGGAAAAAAUGAUGGAGAAGCGAACAGAUAUUCCUGCAUUGUACAACGAUAUGAGCCAAUCGCAAGACAGUUUCGUUAUAAAACCGUGGACACCAAGUAAGGGUGUUGCUUCGUUAAAACAGGAACGUACUAAAGCUACCGUUGCUGUCACCACUGUUGACAACGCGCCUCCAAACCCGGUAGAAAGCAGUAUUCCAGCAACAGAAAUCAUAGAAACUGUAUCGAUAGUAGAAAGCGAUCCACUUAUAUCGACGACAACGGACAGUGCAUGUGAUUCCAACACGCACCGUUUAGAUAAAGAAAACAACAAUGGGAAUGUUCUGCGUGACCAAUCAGUAACAUCCUUAGAAAAGGAGGGGCAAACCGAAUCAGAAGAAGAUAAGGCGGCCGAAAAGCAACAAAACAGAAGAAAAUCCAUUUUAGAUCAACUGCGCAUCGACACAGUGGAAGGUAAAAAUCUUAAUGUGAUGAAUUUGUCGCGCACGCGGCAUUCGGAAUCAUUGGAAACGAGAACCACAAGACGGAAAAGUAUGUCGAGUCAAAAAAUGGGGAACGAGAAAAAAAGAAAUAAUGGUGAAAUUAUAAACCGAGACACUAAGAGUGCUUCUGCGUCAAAGGCAGUUAAAUCGAAAGGAUCACAACAACGAGAAAGGCGAAUGUCUAGAAAACUGUUAAAGUUUGAAAACGACGAACAAGCUACCAACUCAACGCCGUCUUCGUCGAGUCAACAUCAAUCCAAAGCUGAUGUAUCGGAUGAUGUAAUCGAAUCUUCUCAAUCCGACUCAUCAGAAACGACUAACAGAAGAACUUCCUUUGCUAAGCCUAAUGCUCAAGAACCGAAAGAAAAAACAAUCGCCCCAUCGGCGCCAAGCACAGAAAUGAAGCAAACUGAAGAGAUCACGCUGCAAGACGAAACCCCUCUUCUAUCGCCCAUCAAAGAAUUGAAUGCUUCUGACACUAGCUCAGGCACUAAAGUAAACGACGUACAAAAUAAUGAUUCAGACAAUUCUGUACUUCCGAAUCAAAAGAAAGAAACUGGGGUAACUGUACCGGCAGAAACAAAAGAAUCACCUAAAAAAGGGAUUAGCUGCGAUGAAAGCACUAGGAAACCUGAAACACACCACCAAAGUUCUUCAACGAGUUCUGCUUGUGAACAACAAAAUGCUGUAGUAACAAGUCAAACUGUUAUGCUGUCUCCAAACAGACGCUCCUCUCGGCUGUCUCUGGAAGAUAACAAGCAGAACAUUGGCAAGUUGGUUGCUUUUUCGCCAAAGAAAAUGUUGGAAAACAAGAAUGUGGCAACAUUAUUAUACAGUCCCUCCAGAUCAAUGCAUAAGCAAGAAAUAAUGUGCAAAGGUACGCCGUCGAAAAACACUAAUGAUGCCUGCAAUAACGCAAUGAGAGAAGCGCUACAGAUCGGUAGCACGUCGAACAGCAACACUAAUGACAAAGAUGAAUGUAAACUAGUUGAGAAUCGGAGCGGUUUGUCUAGCCCCAAGGUUGCACGGUUCAGUCCAUUAGUUGUGUUGGAACCGAUUGUAAACCUCGGAAAGCCAUUGCAGGACGUCGAUGGAAGUGAACCAAAAGACAUCUCUCAUCCCAUCAGCUCAGCGAUGGUAACGCAAAACGACGAGAAACUUUCUAGCUGCAAUGCACAGCAAUCACAGCCAUCCGAAGAACAUCGUGCAUCACACCUUAAUCCUGCCACGCAUGUAGAUACGAAUGCAGAUUGCACCCCUAAGGUGUGCCCAGAACAACCGAUGAUAUCUGUAGAGCAAUCCACCCGUGAACAAUCAGAACUUGGCAUGGAACAACUUUCUCCUAUUAAGAAUUUGGACGAGGAGAUGGAGCCGCUGAAUAAGUCACUCAAUCGUAGCAUAGUAUCAUCGCCAGAUCUUGCCGGUGUGGAAGAUAGGAAUGCCGAUUUGUUGAAUAGUACAUUGAAUAUUUCUCCAAUAUCGGAAGAGAAAGGUACCAUGACUAAAUGCGUGGAUAGUGGAGAGUUGGCCGGUAGCGCUGAUAGACGUUCAUCUGGACGUAUUGUUGGCAGAGAACGGGAAAUAAUUCCAACCAGCAACACAUCCGUUCAAACACCUCUUAUGUCCCGUCGCACUAAGCCCGACCCAACACCGCAGACUCCUUCAGGGUCGAGUAGUGGACUUAAAGCUCGCCGUCAGCAGCAGCCCUCUAUUCCACGAAGUCCAAGGACAAGUAUGAUCGGUAUGGGUGGGCGUGGUGCACAGCUGAUCAAUUUGAUCCGCAACCAACAAACCGAUCAAUCUCCAAAACCGAACACUCCUCCCCAAAAUGCAUCGACACCGAAGGGAGGCCAAUCAUCAGCAACUGCAAACCGUCUCAUGAUGCGCAAGAGAGCCAUUGUAGGGAGUGCCGCUUCUUCAGCACCUGUUGAUGACAGCCCAGCCUUAGAAACGUUGAAAGAAAGAGAGGAAAUGAGUCAUAAUAAUCCAUCUCAGUACUUGGUUUUCUCGAAAGUACUUCCUUCACCACAAGCAUCGCCAGCAGGUAGCAUACUGAAACGUAGGCACAACCAAGAUGAGAGUGGUGAUGAUAUUGAUUCACCGAUUAACAAGCGAAAACGCGUAAGCUUUCACGAUCCUCCUGUAUCUCUUACCAAGGAAUACAUUCGACAAGUGGAAGAGUGUCGUCCAGCAUCAGUGAGUCGCAGUCUGCAACUAAACAGCAACAUUAUGUCGUCAGCUGAUAGGGCAAAGUUUCUGAUGAGACGUAAAAGCAAAUCAGAUAGCAUUUCAGAACUGCAAAACUUUACCAACGAGCAGACAAAUGCAGCAAAGAAAAUGGAUGCCGCGAUCUCAGAGAAUGCACCGAAUGACGAGAAUAUGGAAGGUGAGGAAGAGGAGCUAACAUCUUCACCGGAAUCGUUGGAUGAGCACGAGUUCAUGAUGCACGAUGGUACGAAUAAUAUGACCGCGCUGCAGGUCUCCUCUGACUGUAUGGAUGUGGAUGGAAAUGAAAACAAAUCUAAUUCGAAAUCAAAAUAG